AUGUCUGAGUCACCUAGCUGGUCAGGGCCAAAGAAGAAGCGGCCGCGGAGAAGACACUGCGAACUAGUUUGCCAUUACGCCUGCAAUUUCGGUACAUGCCGUAAGGCCUAUGGGACACUUUCGCACUUGAAUGUACAUGUUGUGACACAAAAUCACGGAAGCAAACGGAAAGGCGAGGAGUUCAAGGAAAUCCGUCUUAUGUUGCGCAGACAAAGGUUGGAAUCGAAGCGAAUGAUGCGGGAGAAUCGUUUCAAAAGGUCGGGAGAAACGGCAGUAGGAUCCGAAAACGAAGAUGAUAAUCCUGACGAAGACAGUGUCUCCAGUUUUUCAGGCUCAACUCCAUCUCUGGUUCUUGAUGACGUUGAGCCCACAACGCUUCCACCCGAGCAAUACUACACCUUGUCUCCAGAACAAUAUAAUAACGAAGCCCGUGCACCAGGCACAGACAGUUUUGACUGGGCCACUGGACUUAAGGCCGAAAGCUACAUAUCCGAAGUCCAAUCCUAUCAACACCAGGAUUAUGUACCACAAUCACAGUCGCUGGUGCAACUCCAACUCAGUCUCAACAACUUCAACCUGUUUAAUAUGGGUCAUGGGGCCUCUUCUUUCAAGCAGGAUCUGAAAAACUUUGAUUAUGUUUUGCCUAAUGUUCAUUUGACGCGCUUUACUAGUUGA